AUCCCCCUCCCCCAUCCCCUCCUAACCACCAGUCUGCUUCCCGUGUCUGCCGAUUUUCCUAUUCUGCAUAUUUCACCAGAAUGGAAUCAUACAAUAUGUUGCCUUUUGUGUCUUUCACUUAGCAUAUUGUUUCAAGGUUCAUCCACCUUGUAGCAUGUAUCAGCACUUCAUUACUUUUUAUGGCUGUGUAGUAUUCUGUUGUAUGGAUAGACCACAUUUUCUUUAUCCAUUCAUCUAUUGAUGGACAUGGGGACUGUUUCCACCUAUUGGCGAUGGUGAAUGGUGCUACUGUGAACACACGUGCAUGUGUAUCAGUUAGUCCCAGUCUUCACUUCCUGUGGUAUAUAUCCAGGGGUGGAAUUGCAGGGUCAUAUGGUAAUUCUUUAACUUUUUGAGGACCUGCCAAACCAGCAUUUUCUUAAGAUGCUUGAUAAAUGACAGUUUCCUUCUUCCUCCUUGCACUGUCUCACCUCCCAGCAAUCCCCCCUAAGGUUUUCAUUGACUACGAAGUCCUGGAGGUUUUCCCCAGAGGCCGCACAGUUGUCAUAAAGUGCUACUCAUCCCAGAUGCCUCCACCUAUCACCUACACCCUCUUGAGGAGCCCGGACAUUGAGGUUGACAAGCAAAACGUGUCCACCCGCGACGAGGCCUCCUUCAGACGCAACAUCACGCUCGAGUCCAGGCCAGACCUGCUCACCUACUCCUGCCGGGCGAGCUCCACCUUGGGCACGAACUCGAACAGCAAGAACCUACAGAUGUACCAGGAGCUGUGGGGUAAUCCCGUGUCCCAGCUGCAGGCUAAUUUCACUCUGCUGGACAGAGGAUCAGACCCCAGGAUAGAGAUUUCCUGCCAGGCCUCGGGCAGCCCACCCAUCACCUACAGCCUGCUCAGGAAGGACCAGCUCAUCUACAUGAAGCAGAGACCGAACUACGGGCAGCCUGCCAACUUCUCCUUCCCACUGAACCAGACGUCGAACUGGCUCCAGUGCCAGGCUGAAAAUGACAUCAAUGUCCAGAGCAGCCCCCUCAGGCUGGUGCCUCCAGGACAGCUACCCCAGGAACCCGCCUUGGUGCUGACUGGCAGCCUCGCUAUCAUUGCAGCUAUCAGCUCCUGGAUGCUAGUCCGGACCCAGUGGUCCAGGCGUGACUAGAAGAUGCAGGCUCUGUGGAGUCCCCCCAGGAGAGCCGUGGUCCUUGCUCCCUACAGAAGGACUCACCACUGGAAUGAAGAAAAAGCCAGCCCGCCCAGCUUCUUGGAGCCCUGGUGUUCUUCAGUGAACAUACAUGGUGUUAGUUUCAGGAUUUUAGGAUGGGGUGAGGGCUGGAGAGGGAAGGGGAGGUCAAAGGAAGAAGGGGGCUCUGUGUGGGCCCCUGUCCUCGCCCCUCAGCUGCUUGUUACCGUCCAUGAAGGUCUGGGGAGAGGGUUGUGGUACACUGAAAAGGACCAACUGCACCAACCCAUAGAGGGCCACCUCCUCCUCCCCCACACCUGCUCCCCUCUUCCCUGGAGUGGCACCCCAUCUCCUGGUGGCCCAGGCCUCUGGGCCCACCCACUCACCCCUCACUGUCCAGCUCACCUGGGAGGACCCUGGGCCCCACUUGGCCAGCACUGCCUCAUUAAUCCUUACCUGCCACUAGUGCAGGGUGUCUGGAAUUCCUCCGUGCCCAGUCAGCCCGCGGCCCCAGGAGAACGCACGAGCCACCAGCCUCCCCCACCCCCCACGCCGCCCCACACACAGAGCCUUCCCUGUUCAGGGGCUCUGAACCUUUCGGGAAAGAACUGGAUUAAACUCUGCCCCCUGCCUUUCACCCUGGGAACGUCGUUUCUCUCUGUACACCGUCUUGGAGCCUGAAAAUCAGAAGUCACACAGCCUUGGGGCCUGGCCCAGCCGUGGAAGAAUUGGUGGUGGUAGUGAAGGGUGUCUCGACCCCACCCCAGGCGUAGCUCCAGAGAGGAGGAAAGAGUUACAGGCCAAGCAGGGAGAGGAUCUAGCUGUGGCCUGGGGUUUUGAGGGCAAUGGAGAGGAG